AUGGACAACCGCGGCUCCUUUUUCUUCCUGCUUUUCGCUUUUUAUCUCCUGCUCAGCACGCAGUCGCGCCCGCCGCUGAUCGACCAGGAACGUGAGCAUCGCCGGGAAGUGGCUAGGGAGCAACAUGCGCUGCAUUUGCUGAACGGCUCGCACUAUGGCGACUUCGACCCUGCCACGGACAAGUGGCUUCCAUUUCCGGGGCUGAGGAAGAACGACAGUUAUGCCUGGGAUCUGUUGCCCUACGCACAGGAUCGAGCUCGUCACCAACUGCAUGUUGCACUGUCAGAUGCAGGGUUGGAGCCUCCAAAGAGUCUCAUUGACCCGCAGGCGGCGCAAGAGCCGCUGAACCUGACCCAGUUACCGCUCCCUGUAUACCGCAAUGCAACGGGGAAGCUGAGAGGCGAUUGGGUUAGACGAAAGCUCGAUCGGCCGCCACCAACUCUCAAUCUUUCGGCGAUAGCACGGGAACAUGAUUACAUCACGUACGAGUACGGUGUCAAUGUCACGGGGGACAGUGGAACGUUCUAUCUUGGCCUACGCGAGGGAGGAGGUGAAGAAUUAUACCGUGGGGAGGGCCAUGUCAGAGAAAUCCGAGGAGAGUUGGCGAUUGAAAGUGACAACUUGCUCGGGAAUACGCACUAUCUGUCGCUCUUUGGAUAUCAUUUCCCAGAGAGUGGAAGCAUCAUUCUGAGUACUACUAGUGAGAAAUUCGCCGGAGUGUUCUCGCUACCUCACUUUGCUCUCUCUCAGGAUACUUCUGAGUUGUCGCAUCGGCUUCUCAUCAAGUCGCUGUUGGAUGCAAUGUCGGAACGGCAAACCCGACCUGGCACGUUGUUUCCAUGGCCUGCACUUGCUGGAUUGGAGAUGAUGGACUUUCCCGCUCCGAAAUGCGAGCACAUUGUUUUUUUACAGCAACACCCAGUGGCCAUUCAAGAAUAUCCCGCCGAUAUGUCGGUUCUCGAUCGGAUAGAGCAAGAGCUUCGAUUCCCCGUGGGCGCCCCCAUCCCAAGCCCUCCUCUGAUGAAGAUGUCGGCGGUGGUAUUGUCCCCUGAUUGUGGAUAUAUCCUUGAGACAAAAAGCACGCCCGAGUAUCCCCCUACGGAAGCUUUGUCGCUCUCUGGGCCCAAACAGGAGGAGUUCCGCAAGUAUGUCGCACGCUUUGUCUUUGUGGUUUGCGGCGUAUUUGCUGCCCAGAUCACGCUUCUCUUGAGACAAAUGAAGGACGCGUCGACUCCUUCCACGAGGAGUCGAGUCAGCUUCUAUACAGUUGCUAUGAUGGCGUUCGGAGACGCUUUCGUGAUUGUCUUACUAUUACUGGAACUGUAUUCAGAAAUAUCUUUCCUCAUUCUGGCGGCCACCUCGUUCCUGGCCCUCCUCUCUGUCAGUUAUAUUGGGAUGAAAUUCAUGAUUGAAAUAUGGGCUGUCCAGGCACCGGAGAGAAGAGACCAAGGCCGCCCCCCGCUGGCGACAACCGCACGUCCGACUUCACUACCCUUGCCCGUGACAGCACCGAGAUCGGGUACUAAUGGAGCGACCCCGAUUAUCAUAACCCCCGAUCAAGACCCUCCUGACGACGACCUAGAUCCGCCCCCCGCCCAACCCCCGACACAGAGCCCUCUUGACGCACGUACUGACGUCGGGGCGAUGUAUGCCCGUUUCUACUUCAUCCUCUUUGCCAGUCUGAUCCUUUCACUCUGGGCUUUUAUCUGGCCCAAUCGGCUGGGCGCGCUGUAUGCGCGAGCUCUUGGAUUUCUGUACCUAUCGUUCUGGAUUCCACAGAUAUAUCGCAACAUUGUGAGGAAUUGCCGCAAAGCUUUGCGUUGGGAUUAUGUGGUCGGACAAAGUAUUCUUCGGCUGUUCCCCUUUGUGUAUCUCCUCUCGGUGCCCGGGAACGUUCUUUUCAUCAGACCCGACACCGUGACUGCCCUGAUUAUGAUGGGCUGGGUGUGGAUUCAAGUCUGGGUUCUAGCUAGUCAAGACAUUCUAGGGCCCCGAUUCUUCGUGCCUCGUGGCUGGGCCCCUCCGGCCUACGACUACCAUCCGCUUCUGCGAGACACCACGGGAUCGGAGGACCAGGACCUGGAAGCUGGCGGGAUGAUGUCCAUCAGCUCGCUCCGGGCUGACGGACGAGACCCCGCAGACGAAUCCAAACAGCAGCACGACAAGCACCGCGCGCGGCCCAACAAAAAGGCUGUGUUUGACUGUGCCAUCUGCAUGCAGGAUAUUGAGGUCCCCGUCCUGUCAACCGCCAGUGUCUCGGGCAGCAGUAGUGUCGCGGACGGUGCCUCGAGCAUCCUCAGUCGUCGUACAUAUAUGGUCACCCCAUGCCGACACAUCUUCCACAGCACGUGUCUGGAAAGCUGGAUGCGUUUGCGACUGCAGUGUCCCAUCUGUCGUGAAUCCAUCCCUCCGGUCUGA